AACCCCACACCCCCUCUCCUCACCCAGUCGCCUCUCCUCUACCUCCCUCCGUUUGCAUUCCCCUGGUGCGCGCACAUACUGCAUCUCGUCGUCGUCGUCAGGAAAGGAGGCGUACUAGCGCGGAGGCUGCCGGCGACAAUGACGAUGAUGGCGCCGCAUCCGCAGCCACUGCCGCUGGCACAGCCACCGCCGGCGGCGGCAGCGGCGUUCGGGGACACCACGCUCACCAAGGUGUUCGUGGGCGGGCUGGCGUGGGAGACCCACAAGGACACACUCCGCGAGCACUUCGAGCGCUACGGCGACAUCCUCGAGGCCGUCAUCAUCUCCGACAAGCUCACCGGCCGCUCCAAGGGCUACGGCUUCGUGACGUUCAAGGAGGCGGACGCGGCCAAGAAGGCGUGCGAGGACGCCACCCCCGUCAUCAACGGCCGCCGCGCCAACUGCAACCUCGCCUCCCUCGGCGCCAAGCCGCGGCCCCAGCCGCCGCACAUCCUCCGCCCCGGGCCCUCGCCGCCGGCCACCCCGGCGCCGCACGCGCACGCGCUCCCCUCCCCACACCAGCCCACGCCAGCCAUCGCGGUGGGAUCCAGGGGUGUGUCGCCGGUGCCAUGGUACUACCACCCCUCCACGACGCCCCCUCCGCCGCCGCCGCCGGCCGCGCACUACGCCCACGGCGCGCACCAGCAGUACCACGGCGUGCUCCCAUUCUACCCCGCCGCCACCACCUACGGGUACUCCCCAAAUUACGUCGCGGACCUGAGCUACAAUGCGAAGUUAGGCCAAGCGGCAGCUGGCGGCACGGCCGGGUCGUACCUACAGCCACAGGGGCACUUCGCGUACCCGGCGGCAGCGCAGGGCGGCAUGCAUGUGGCGGCGCCCAACGGCAUGAUGCCGGUGUACCCGUUCUACCACUACCAGUACCACCACGCCUCGCAGGGUCUGGGCGUCCCCGCCGCGCACUUCUUCCCCCCGGUCUCCGCCGCCGCCGUCACCACCGUCCCGGCCAUCGUCUCCAAGCCCACCGUCAUGGCCGCUCCUCCCAAAGUGGAGCAGGUGACGGGCUGCAGCUGAAGGCACGAGGCGGUGAUGAUGAUGGCGACGAUGAGCGGGCGGCGCAAUGAAAGGAGGAGGCCGAAGGUGCUCUCUGCUCUGGUUUAACAAGCUGCACUGCACAUGAAGGGGUGUCGUCCGUCUGUCGGGUCGGGGGGCCGAAGCAAAGCAAUAUGCGAAGGCCGCCGCAUUACAUUCGUUCAAUUCCCUCUCUAACUUGGUGCGCGGCGUGGCGCGUGCGCCCGUUGGUGGGGCACGACCACGACCACCGCCGUACCGGCAAGAAACAGUCUCAGUCUGUAACAAAUGAUUCGAUUCGUCUCUCGUUUACCACCGUAUUUUUCCAAUGGUAAACCCGUUAUCAGUCAGUGUCUGUAGUAGUCCGGUCGCUGCAGGGGCAGCGGACCUCAAUAAACCGUCAUAAUAUUUCGCCCUUCAUCUCUUGA